CGUCGUUAUUCAUUUUUGUCUUUCUGUUUGUUCUUUCAGAGAGCGCUGUCUCUCUCUGCAGCAAGAAGCCACCCACCACCGGCCACUCUCUCUCUACAAAUUUAGGGUUCCAUACUAUCUUGUGAGUUAAUUUAUAUUAGGUUAUGUCGUCGCAACAAGGUGGUUCAGAGAACAAUGCGAUGGAUUUUGACCUACCCGACGAGAUUCUGGCAGUUAUUCCGACGGACCCAUACCACCAGCUGGAUCUCGCUCGGAAGAUAACUUCCAUGGCUAUUGCUUCUAGGGUUUCGUCUCUUGAGUCUGAUACCGGUCGCCUUCGUCAGAAGCUUCUAGACAAGGAUAGAGUUAUCAAUGACCUAGAGGACCGUGUUUCUACUCUCACUCGCGCUUCUCAACAGGCUAACUCUGCUCUUAAUACCGCCAUUGAAGAAAACGUAAAGCUUACGAAGGAGAGGGAUGAAUUGGCAGCAACAGUGAAGAAGUUAAGUCGUGACUUUGCCAAGUUGGAGACAUUCAAAAAACAACUGAUGCGCUCGCUAGCUGAUGACCAUCCACCGCAAGCUGAAACCAUAGAUAUUAGAACCUGUGACCAAGCAGUUCCAAAAGCGUAUCCUGAUAAGGAUGAUGAUGGAAAUGACUAUACGACACAUCAUUCACACAGUGGCUCUGCAGAUGUGGGUAGAACAAUUGAGGAAGCUUCCAGGUAUUCAGGGCAAAAGUUUUCUUUGACCCCGUAUAUCACGCCACGUCUUACACCAACUGCAACUCCAAAAGUGAUCUCAACGUCUGGUUCUCCUAGAGGGUAUUCUGCUGCUGUAUCACCCAAUCAAACAUCUGGUGCCACCUCUCCGUCCAAAACUUCAUAUGAUGGGCGGUCAUCUCUCUCUUCAUGGUAUCCAUCAAGUCAGCAGUCAUCAGCAGCAAAUUCUCCACCUCGAGGACGAUCAAUUCCAGGUCGAACUCCAAAGAUUGAUGGAAAGGAGUUUUUCCGUCAGGCCAGGAGUCGCCUGUCAUAUGAGCAGUUCAGUGCAUUUCUUGCUAACAUUAAGGAAUUAAAUGCUCAGAAACAAACACGAGAGGAAACUUUAAGAAAGGCAGAUGAGAUAUUUGGCUCAGAUAAUAAAGAUCUUUACCUAUCUUUUCAAGGAUUGCUUAACCGAAAUGUACGCUAGGACUGAAAAUAGCAUUGCUUGUAAUUAUGAGUUGGUCAUUAACUUGCUCAGCACUCUUGGGUGCGUUUUUCCGACUGGUUUCUCUUUGAUUCAUUGAAUCAAAAUCCUACUAAGCAUUUCUAUGAGCUAUUUAAUUCGAGAUAGUACAUUUGAUCUACGAUUUUCAUUUUCUGAAUAUUUAUACAUUCCCUGUUGCAUGUUGUAUAUAUAGAAUGUCAAGCAAAGCUAAAAUGCUGAUUGAAUUUUGAAAUAUUGAGGUUUAUUGUACACGUUUGAAUGGGUUAUGGGUGUAAUGUGAGUUUUAGACAAAUCUUGGAAUCAAAAUGUUUGCUCAGUUAAAUCAA